AUGCCGGACCAAGCCUCGGGAAGCGUCCAGGCCGCCUCCGCUCGGGUCUCCUCCUUCUUCAUCGCCAACCUGCUGGCGGCCCAACAAGCGGCGGCGGCGGGAGGACGAGGAGGAGGAGGAGGAGGAGGAGGAAGAGGAGGAAGGGCCGGGCCGGGCCCGCCAGGAGACGCCGGCGACCCCCCCUCGCCGCUGCGGGAAAGCGCCCGGGAGUGGUACCGGAGGGCGCGCAAGGCUUUCAGGAGCUGCGCCAGCCCGGAAACCAGCGACAGAGACUCUCCGGAGAUCCCCGACGGAGCCACCCAGGAGAAGGCGAGCGGCGAGCAACGGGGGGCAAGCCAGCCCAAGCCCACCGAGGAGAGCCAGGAGGCCGGCCGGCCGCGUUCCGGAGCCCGAGCCGGCGGGGCCGGGGAUGGCAAGCCGCGGCCGGAGGAAGCGGAGGAAGCGGCCGAGGCGCGGCCCGGCGGGCGCAAGAAGAAGACGCGCACCGUCUUCAGCCGGAGCCAGGUCUUCCAGCUGGAGUCGACCUUCGACGUGAAGCGCUACCUGAGCAGCUCGGAGCGGGCCGGCCUGGCCGCCUCGCUGCGCCUGACCGAGACGCAGGUCAAGAUCUGGUUCCAGAACCGGCGCAACAAGUGGAAGCGCCAGCUGGCCGCCGACCUGGAGGCCGCCCAGCUGCCUCCAUCCUCCAGCCAGAGGAUCGUGCGCGUCCCGGUCUUGUACCACGACAGCUCGCUGGCGGGCAGCGCCCUGGCCGCCUUGCCGCUCUCGCCCCACGGGCCGCCCCCGCCGCCCCCGCUGCUGGGCCUGGCCGCCGGCCCGGUGGCUUAUCCGCUGAGCGCCUUCCCCGGGGGCGCCGCGCAAUUCCUGCGGGCGCCGGUCAGCGGCCUGGUCUAA